AAACUCUUGUCUAUUUACACAUCACUCCAACUCAUUUCACCUCCUCCUCUCUUCCUUCACUUGUCUCUUUCUCUCUCUCUCUCUCUUUCACAAAUCUUGUUUUCUCCUUUGUUAUUCUAUAUCCUCCUCAUGGCACCUGGCAUUUAGGGAUUCUCCUUCUCCUUGACUCUUGGAUUUUCAUCUCAAACAUCCCUCUCUUCUUACCAGAAUACAAAACCUUAAACUUGACGAUGAAUUCUAUGUAUUACAAAGAACAUGAUGACGGGAUUGCUUCGAAUCCGGUGGUUUCACUGUCGUCUGGUUCGGGUCCUUGGUGGAGUGGACUUGUGACUCAAUCGGGUUUCGAAGAAUCCGUGGGCCUGUUGAAAGGUUCUCCAAUGGCAAACUGUGGGGAGCAGCUCUUGCCUAUGGCUCCUAAACCCUUGCCUCGUGCUACAGAUCAUGCGGUGGUGAAUGGAGAUAUGACUCGGUUUAAUAUCUUCAAUGGUGACUCCAAGAUUUCAUCUAACGGUCAAAAACCAGUGCAGUUACAGGCUGCGUGCUCUUUGCAAUCUGCCGCACAGGAGUUUGGCGGUCAUCUUGAGCUCGGGUUUGGUCAACCGGCUGUGAUAUGCGGCAAGUAUCCUUACGGCGUCGGCGAUCAAUAUUAUGGCGUGCUCGCUGCUUAUGGACCUCAAAUUGGGGGUCGAGUUAUGCUGCCUUUGAACAUGAGCACCGACGAUGGACCAACAUUUGUGAAUGCAAAGCAGUAUCAUGGAAUAAUCAGGCGUAGGCUAUCCCGUGCCAAGGCAGAAAUGAUGAAAAAAGUCACAAAAAGUCGUAAGCCAUAUCUGCACCUGUCACGCCAUCUCCACGCAAAACGGAGGCCAAGAGGUUGUGGGGGGCGCUUCCUAAACACGAAAGAACUGGAAAAGUCUAAAGCUGAAAACCUGAAUUCAAAACCGAUGGAUCACCCAACCGGAUCUCAAAGAUCCGAGGUUUUACAAUGUGAUAACCAAACAAACUAUGGUAGGCCCCACAUGUCAGGAACGGAGGUUACAAGCAUGUUCUCGAUGGGAGACCUUAAUCAUUUUCCGAUAGGGAAUCUCUCAGUUGUUUCUCUUUCAGACAUGAUGAUGUCUAGCAAUGCCAUUCGUGGGUUUGGCACGCAGAACAAAUGGGUUGCAGCGGAUACCGGUGGUGGUACCCGCUUCAACCUGGCGGUCUGAUGGCAUACAGGGUCUGAUGUACGUCAGCACAUCAGACCCCAGAUAAUAGUCGAACUGGGAUGGAUCCCUUUUUGGCUAUGGCAAAUCAUCCUUGGCUUUUGUGUUAAGGUUUUGUCUUUAUCCUAAAUUCCCCCUGCAAAAUGUUGUUUUGCUAGUGGGAAUUGUUUAGAGAUGCUAAUACCUUAUGCACACACAUGGUGUACAAACAUUUCUGCUUGAUUUGUUUGUUUCACCCUGUUUAAAUUACUAUUGUUGUUUGAAAUUAAACUAACCUUGAAACCUAGUGUUUUCAAGGUAUGUAUCAUGUGUGAUUUGACUUGUAGACAUUUGGGAAGUGUCAUGUAUUAUGUUUUGAUGCCUUGAAACUGUGUUUUCAAGGUAUGUAUCGUAUACUAUCAUGUGUGUUGUGACAUUUAAACAUUUAGGAAGUAUCAUGUAUUAUGGUUUGAUGUUUUAUAGUUAUGUAUUUGUUGGUAUCA